AUGAGGACUAUUGGAGCUGUUGUGGUGUCUCUUCAUUGCUCUGAGGAUUCCUGGCUUAGAUCCUUUGCUCGAACUCUGUUGAUGUUCCUUGGUCUUGUAUUAUGGGGGGCUGCUGCAGCUCUGGCCUUUGGUGGAGUGUUUGUAAUCCUGAUGUACAAGAACUACAAAUGUUUCCUUCAGGAGUCUUUUUUGCCUCUUCCAGGCUGGCUGGCUAUUGCAGCUGCAUUUGUUCUGCUACCCACGGGUAUUUUGGCUAUUUCUAUUUCUACUAAGAGCUCCCGCUAUCGGCAAGGUGUGCUCAUGUACUUGCUGCUGCUACUUCUUUGUCUAGAAAUGUCUUCAGCUCUUCUGGCACAGAUCUACUCUACUAGGAUGGCUUCUGAGCUGAAAAGCACUAUGGAUCACCUCUUCUACCAGUACAAUGGGCCAUAUUCUGAGAAUCCUGGCAGUAGGGCUGUGGAUAAAAUCCAGAGGAAUCUGCAGUGUUGUGGGGUCCAAAACUACACAGACUGGCUAACGGCAGCAACUGUUUCUUGGCAUCUUCCAAAUGAGAAAGCGUGUGUCCCUGAAAGCUGUUGUAAGGAGAAAUAUUCUCAUUGCAGGGGUAACUUAUGCCUGCUGGAGCAGCUUUUUCAGGAGGGCUGUCUAAGGAAGCUGGAAGACCAAUUGCAUUUUGUUAUGCUUUAUGUGUUUUGGUGCUGUACUGUGCUAAGUGUCUUGGAGCUGUUGGCUGGUUUCUGCAAUGGUAUCCUCAUGAGGCAUCAGCCUUUCCAAGACCUCCGAAUUCUGGACUCUGCUACCUUCUCAUAG